CUUCUUCAAAACAAAGUGAAGAGAAAGAGAAAUAGAAAGGUUUAGAGAGAGAAAAAAGAGGGAGUUUUAGAGAGAGAAAGUAAAAGAGAGAGAAGUGCGGCUAAUGGGAGAUUCGAGCGACUCCGUUUCGGUGGAUAUGGAAACAAUCUCCGUCGCCGGAAAGGAGCACCUUGUAAAAACUGGCCGUGGUUAUGUCUCUGUUGCUGUUUUUGGGGACCAGGACAAGCCGGCUCUUAUCACCUAUCCCGAUUUAGCUUUAAAUUAUAUGUCCUGUUUCCAAGGAGUAUUCUAUUGUCCAGAAGCAUUUUCAUUGCUGCUCCAUAACUUCUGUAUUUACCACAUAAGUCCUCCUGGUCAUGAGUUGGGAGCUGCUGUCAUGAGUUUUGAUGAUCCUGUCUUAUCGGUUGAUGAUUUAGCAGACCAGAUUGUGGAGGUGCUUGAUUACUUCAGGCUUGGUAAAGUAAUGUGUAUGGGUGUAACAGCUGGAGCAUAUAUUCUUACUUUGUUUGCGAUAAAAUACACACAAAGGGUUAUGGGUUUGAUACUUGUUUCCCCCUUGUGCAAAGCACCCUCUUGGACAGAAUGGUUGUGUAAUAAGGUGAUGACAAAUCUGCUUUACUUUUGUGGCAUGUGUACUUUGGUGAAGGAGUUACUGCUGUUGCGGUACUUUAGCAAGGAAGUCCGCGGCAGUGUUGAAGUUCCAGAAUCGGAUGCAGUUCAAGCAUGCCGAAGAUUGCUAGGUGAGAGACAGAGUCCAAAUGUAUUGCGGUUGCUCGAAGCUAUCAAUGAGAGACCAGACAUAACCCAAGGUUUGCGGAAACUAAAAUGUCGUUCUUUAAUAUUUGUUGGAGAGAGCUCUCCUUUUCAUUCCGAGGCUCUCCAUAUGACAUCAAAGUUAGAUAGAAGGUUCAGCGCUCUAGUUGAGGUUCAAGCAUGUGGUUCAAUGGUGACUGAAGAGCAGCCAGAUGCAAUGUUGAUCCCACUGGAAUACUUUCUAAUGGGAUUUGGAUUUUAUCGACCGUCUCAGUGCAAUGUCAGCCCAAGAAGCCCGUUAAGUCCAACCAGCAUCUCUCCGGAGCUUUUCUCGCCAGAAAGUAUGGGUUUGAAGUUAAAACCAAUUAAAACCAGAUUUUCUGAAGAAGUAUGAGUCUGGGCUCAAAGUUAAAAUAAGUUUUUGUAAAAUUUGUAAGCAUACAUUGAAGAUCCACUUCGAUUGAAGACAGUUAGGAAUGUGAAGUUAUAGGAGGGAGGGUUGUAGAUAAGAGAGUUGGAAAAUAGAAAGUGGAAGAAAAAAUAAUAGGAAAAAAGAGUUUUUUUUAUAAAAAUCUUCUUUGUAAUGGUAACUGUGAGAAGUUUUGAAUCCAUCUGUACAUGCUGGACAAUAAAUAAUAGUAAUUUAUAUUGA